AUGGAAACGCAAAUAGCUGACCUGGCCAUAAUUGGUGCUGGUUGGCACGGUCUCGCGGCCGCCAAAUCAGCACUCGCGCUCGAUCCCAGUGUCAAUCUGGUGGUUCUGGAUUCCGCCGCUUCAGUGGGGGGUGUCUGGGCUGAGGAACGCUUAUAUGCGGAACUCAGGACGAAUAACCUACUGGGAUCAUACGAAUAUAGUGACUUUCCUAUGAGGGACAACGUUCCCAGUUUAGUUAAACCCGGUGAGCAUAUGUCAGGCAGAGCGAUGCAUGAAUAUCUGAAAGCGUACGCUGCCCACUUCGGGAUCCUCGAUAGAAUUAAGUUGAACUACAAGGUUGACAGCAAACUAGGACACGAGAAGAGCAAUACUAUACGGACGCGGAAACUGAUACUCGCUACGGGCCUUACCUCGCAGCCGCGUAUUCCUACAUUCUCUGGUCAGCAAUCCUUCGGCGCGCCAUUGUUCCACGCAAAAGAAUUUGCCCUUUACCAAGACACCCUCUUCGCUAAACCCAGAAAUGACAACACAGGCGACCAACACGAAGGUGCCCGCGACGAUCACACACCAAUAACGAUACUCGGCGGAAGCAAAUCCGCGUGGGACACCGUCUACGCCUGCGCAUCAAAGGGACACCGUGUCAACUGGGUUAUUAGAGCGUCAGGGACUGGGCCUGCCUGGGUGAGUCCGGCCGCUGUGUUCUCGCCCUUCAAGCUUCUCCUCGAAAGCCUCCCUCUCGUGCGUGCCUUGGGCUGGUUCAGCCCCUGUGUGUGGGUUAGCCACCCGAUACGCAACUUCUUACAUGGGACAUGGCUCGGCUGUAUUAUUGUGCGUCUGUUCUGGACCUGCCUGGAGUGGGAUAUGGUUCGGGUCAAUCGAUACAGCGACCAUGAGGAGACGGCAAAGCUAAGACCCUGGUUUAAUCCUAUCUGGAUGGGGACCGCCGUCAGUAUUAUCAAUUUCCCGGGUGAUAUCUUUAGAUUGAUCCGGCAGGGACUGGUGAAGGUGCAUAUUGCCGAUGUUGAGCGGCUAGAGCCUUAUAGGGUUGUUCUGUCUACCGGCGGCGACAGGCUGGACACGAGAGCACUCAUCCUGUGCACAGGCUGGAAAGUGUCUCCAGGUAUUCGGUUCUUGCCGGAUGGAACCGAACACGAGAUAGGCUUCCCGUGGGCUGCGGACCCAAUUGAUCAGGAGCUCAUUAGGCAGGCCCGCGAGGACAUACACACGCGUCUUCCCAUGCUCCACACAGGGCCAGAGAGCAGGACCUACCACACGAACGAUGCGGAAGGUCAAAUACACACUAGUGAAACCGUUCUGCACCCCUUCCGUCUCGCGCGCUUCAUUGUCCCACCAAGACUAUGGGACGACCAUAGCAUCGCCUUCCUAGGGACCGUAACCACGUUCAACACACCCUUGGUUGCCGAAGUGCAAGCCCUGUGGGCGCUCGUCUAUCUUAACCACGGCUCCGAGCUUCACCAUCAUCAUCAAGACAAGGAGUCAAUAAUUAGCGAGACAGCACUACACACAGAGUUCUGUUCGCUGCGCUCCCCGGCGGGCCAUGGGGUGCGGACUGCGGACUUUGUCUUUGAGGUCAUGCCAUAUUUGGAUCUCUUGCUUGGGGAUUUGGGCUUGAGGACUGCGAGGAAGGGGUCGUGGUGGGAAGGUUUGUUUGUUCCGCAUCAGCCGAGGGAUUAUGCGGGGUUGGUGGAGGAGUGGAAGGCGCGACUAUCUAUAUCCUCGGAGGGGCGGAAGAUGAAGGAUGCCUAG